AUGCCCGCGCCCUCCACAUCGGUCGAUGUUUGCAUGUAUGACGGGUUUGGCCUUAAUAGCGGUCUUACAAUCACGGGUGGUAAUGGAGCCCUGUUGGUGAACGGGGAGGCCUUUGCGUGGAGGCCAUGGGAGGCGACGGGAUCAAUGGAGCUUGUAAACAGGAAGGGUCAAUUCGAUCUCCCCAAGGAGGCAUUCGGGAUAUUUGAUCUCCUCUGGCCAAGACCGGAUUUACUCGUCAUUGGUGUCGGAAAGCACAACCUGCCACUCAGCCCAGAAACUAAGAAGCACAUUGCCGAGCAAGGGAUGAGGGUGGAAGUUUUAGACACAAGAAACGCAGCUGCACAGUUCAACCUACUUGCCACCGAACGAGGGGUCUCUGAGGUUGCAGCAGCUUUGAUACCCAUUGGGUGGAAGGAGGGCGUAGGAGCUGAGGCAUGA